UUUGGCAAACAAGAGGCGUGUGAAUGAUCGCCAAAUUUGAUGGACUGCUGCAGUUGAACCACCGCCUCGUGAACCAUUCUAUAAGUAAGGGCCUCUCUGCCUCUCAUCUUUCAUCUCUCAUCAUCCAGACAGCUAUUCCUCUGUCAAGACUGAAACAGAGUUGGGGGAAUAUACUAAACAGAGGAUGAAGAUGAGAAUGGCUCACGAGGGAAGGCAUCAUCAUGGUCCACAUCUUCGUCAUGGGAUGGGUGAGGGAGGUGGACAUGGGCUUCAUGGCGGGCAUGGUCCCCACGUAGGAGGACUUCUCUUCGGGCAUGGUCUCGGAGGGCAUGGGUUUCAUGGACAUGGGCGUCAUCUGAGGGGUGUUGUUGGACAUGGGGGUCAUGGUCAUGGUCAUGGACAUGGACAUGGGCGUCAUCUGAUGGGUCUUUUAGUCCAUUCGGGUCACGGUCACGGUCACGGACAUGGACACGGUCAUCAUAUGAGGGGUCUUUUAGUCCAUGGGCAUGGAUUUUUCAAACAUGGUCCUCAUGGUCAUCAUGGUCAUCGCCAUGGCCACUGUCAUGGUCACAAGGGGAGGCGCCAUGCGCAUGGCCGUUGCGGGAAGCGUCAUACCUGUGCGGGUCAACUGGUGCCGGAACAGGAACAGCAACAGGAACAAGAUGGGGAACAGGAAGUCGCGGCUGCGACGCCCACUCCGAUAACCGAGCAACUCGGUACUCUCGCUCUGACUGCGGACUAGAGAGGACGCUUGGAGUUGGGGCUUGGACAAUAACGACGCCGUGACAGCAAUAAUGUGUCCUGGGGAUUUCGUGCUUUUGGUUCCUCCCAAUAAACAGUACCAGUUUUAUCUUUUUGGGUUAAUUUGGCUGGAUGAUCAGAUUCAGCGGUUGAAAUGUUGUGGAGGUUAAUGGAAGUUUCUUCGUACUGUUUGUGUA